GGCUGUAAGCAAGCAUCCUCGAAAUGUUGAUUUCCCGCUAAAGGUUUUAAGAAGUUUCGGUAAUAUCGGUUAACACAAAACAUUUAUAAAAGUGAUUAAAUUGAAAGUGAAAUUAUUAAGAUUUGGUAUAAAUCGUUAAUUUUUGUUGAAUUUCUAAAAAUAGAUAAAAGUGAAAGGCGAAACUAACGUUUAUAAUUAAGAGUGACGCUGAAAUUAUUUGUGUACGCACUACGCUUCCAGGGAUAAUCGAUUAUGGGAGUAGGGUGAAGAAGCUACGCAUUUUGGUGUGUUGUGUGCAUUGACGCAGAAUGGCGUCAGCCCAUAAAGCGUACAGCUGGUUACUGGACAGUCCGAAAAGCCGGUCAUCAUCCCACAAUAUUCGGUCACCCUCUCAUAGUAUGCGAUCACCGCAGCAUAGUUUACGGUCACCGCAGCAUAGUUUACGGUCACCGCAGCAAGGUUUGCGGUCACCACAGCACGGCAUGCAACCACCUCAACAUAAUAGAACAAGUUCACCACAACAUACAGCAAGGUCACCACAGCACGGGAUGCGGUCACCACAACAAGGGACGCAGUCACCACAGCACAGGACGCGGUCACCACAACACGGGGCAAGAUCUCCUCAAUCUCACUCCCCUGGGUCGAGAUCACCUCAGCCAUGGAGUCCGAGGUCGAGGUCACCCCAGCCCUGGAGCCCGAGGUCACGGUCUCCGAUGCCUUGGAGUCCAAGGUCCCAUUCACCAGCAAGGUAGAAAAUAGAUAUAUUUACACACA